CUUGCACUGUGUUGUGCUUGUGGGUUAGUAUGGGCUGAUGGUACUAAAGCUUCUGAUGCCCUUAUUAAACCUUCCACUGUUGGUGUUCCUUCUCUUGUUCGUCAUGCUAUUCCUGCGGAUGAUGGAGGGCUUAAGGUUGAUGAAGCAGGUUUGGAAGAGGAAGCACCGCGAGUUGAGUCAUCCACUGAAGAUCUUGAGAAGAAAGAAAAUUUGGAAAAAGAAAUAAAACCUGAUUCUCCGAAUUCUAAAGGUGCUGGUGAUUUGGGUUCUCCUGGUGCCCUUCAACCCAAUGGUACUGACAGCUCAGUUGGUGUGCAUAAACAUAAGCAGUCACAUGAAAAGACUCAACUUGAAUUGCAAGAAGGACAAACAGAUCAUCGUGCUGAUACACAAGGUGUGGCCGUGGAAGAGAUCUUGGAUCCAUUAAGAGCAAAAGAAAGC